AGAGGCGAGUUCCAAGUAGAGAGUGUGGAAUUACUUGGUUAGUCGGAUGCAAGACCAGUCUUGCAUUAUAUGUCUCGGCGCUAACAUCGAUGUUUUAAUGUCUACCUAGUGAAAGAAAAUUAAAAUAGAAAGAAAAGGAAAAUAGUGAAAUGAAUUUUCACAAAAAAUAGAAAUCUUAUCAUGAAAAAAAAUUUAUUUUCAAAUUUUUCCUUGAUCUGUUAACAUAAAUAAUGCAUGGAAAAAUGAAUAUCUAAGUGAUAAGCUGUAGUGUUUUCAGUGAAGUUUCCAACACAUUGUUUCGGAAUUGUGAAAUCGCGAAAGAGAAAAUCAUUAAAUAUUAAAUUCAGAAUGCAAUGAGAAAGUGCAAAUCGAGUGGAUGCAUUCAAUUAACCGAAUCAUAAUAAAAUAUUUCAUUUGAAAUAAAUUACUUAAAUAAGUGAAAAGAGAACAUCUUAUCAGCCUGUGUGAUAAAAGUGUUGUGAAAAAGUGAAGAGCAGUUGCUUCAUAGAAAAUGGCAUUUAAUGGCGGCUGCGAUACAGAAGGGCCGCAUAAUAAAAGGCUCUGUACUGGACAAAAUAAUAUAAAUGUUAAUGACAGCAACAACAACACAAAUGGAGAAGCUUUGUGCAAUAAUGGAUCAAGUGGAGGUGACAUGGAGAUUAGCAAGGGACUCGGAUUAUUGAGGACACAAUCAAUCAAUACAAUUAGUCAAAACCCAAACAACAGUCAAACGAACACCAUCCUCAACAACCAGACAGUCAAUAAUAGUAUCAUUACCAACAGUACGGAGGAGCCGCGUCGAAAACGACAGGAAGCCUCCCGUCCAAAUCACAUUUUACUUUUCACAAUCAUUAACCCAGUUUAUCCUAUUACUGUGGAAGUGAUUUACACAAUUUGUCAUCCACAUGGCACCGUUCUUCGUAUCGUCAUAUUCAAAAAGAACGGUGUUCAAGCAAUGGUUGAGUUUGACUCCAUUGAAUCAGCGACUCGUGCUCGUGAUAAUCUUAAUGGUUGCGACAUAUACUCUGCAUGCUGUACUCUGAAAAUUGAUUACGCUAAGCCGGAAAAAUUAAACGUCUACAAAAAUGACAGCGAUAUAAGUUGGGAUUACACAAUUGCUAAAGACUUGGGCAACGGAAGAUCACCUCUACUUCAGGAUCCCCUUUUCGGUGCACGACCAACACCAUUCAAGCCGUCUCUCUUAGGUAGCGGUGGAACGGGAUACCCGUUUGUAACUUCCCCAGAAUACUCACAGACAAAUGGAGCAGUGGGUACAGUUCCAGCUGUCACACCAACAACCCCAACAAUCACCCCUGAAACAUGGAAGGCAACUAGCGCUGGACCGCAAAGUUUAAUGAAAGAACCAUCAAUCACAGUCACAAAUCGUAAUGCAACGACACAAUUUGCAACACAAGGACAACAGCAAGCUGCUGUUAUGAUGGUUUAUGGACUUGAUAAUACAACUUCAAAUACUGAUAAACUUUUCAAUCUCGUUUGCUUAUACGGAAACGUAGCACGAAUAAAAUUCCUUAAGACCAAAGAAGGUACCGCAAUGGUACAGAUGGGCGAACCUGUUGCCGUUGAACGAUGUGUUCAGCAUUUGAAUAACAUUCCGAUUGGAAGCAAUGGGAAAUUACAAAUUGCAUUUUCGAAACAAAACUUCCUAUCGGAAGUUACAAAUCCGUACAGUCUUCCUGAUCACAGUCCCAGCUUCAAAGAAUACACCGGAUCUAAAAACAAUCGUUUUCUUUCCCUCGCUCAAGCGUGCAAGAAUCGAAUACAACCACCAAGCAAAAUUCUUCACUUCUUUAAUACACCUCCCAGUCUCACCGAAGAACAGCUAAUCGAUAUUUUCACACAGAAAGAAGUACCACCGGCAGCUGUUCGAAUGUUUCCACUAAAAUCAGAAAGAUCAUCAUCGGGAUUACUUGAAUUUCCGUCUAUUGCUCAAGCCGUUUUGGCCAUAAUGAAAUGCAAUCACACAGCCAUUGAAAGUAAAGGCACAAAAUUCCCUUUCAUCAUGAAACUUUGCUUUUCAUCAUCAAAAAAUCUUAAUUCGAGUUACAAUAACGAGAAUGAAAAAGCCAAUGGUGAUAAACAAGAUGUAAACAUGAUCUUUCGUUGUUUGAUUUCAAAAAUCCAAAAAGCUCUCCCUAAGACUUUUUUAACCUUUACUUUAAACUUUAUGGUUUAA